ACUAUUGUUGCCUGGCAACAGCAAACCCGGCGGGUUGCAGCCCCGGGUGGCAAAACGGCUCGGGUGAACCCCCUGCGCAGGUGUUGCAGGGGAGGGGCCGCGAACCCGGCAGGGAAGUGAGCUAGGAGGUGAAGCAGCCUCGGUCUACUGUUGCAGGGCGACGACGGCGGCAUGUGCGAGGGCCCGUCCCGCAUCUCGGGACCCAUCCCCCCAGACCCUACGCUCUGUCCUGACUACUACCGGCGAUCGGCCUCGGCUCAAGGGCGCCUUGAGGGAAACGCGCCGAAGCUGAACCUGUUGACAUUGGACCUGGACCAGGACGCCACCCCUCCCCGCGGCCCCCGCAUCGGUCCCGGAGCCCGAGAGAUCCUGGAGAGUGGCCGGCAUGGCGUGGGGGGCGUGUUGCUGCAACUCGGGGAUAUCUCUCUAGGCCCAGGGGCCUCUCCCAAGAGAAAGGACCCUAAAGACCAUGAGAAGGAGAACCUGAGGAGGAUCAGAGAGAUCCAGAAGCGCUUCCGUGAGCAGGAGCGCAGCCGGGAGCAGGGCCAGCCCAGGCCCCUGAAGGCUCUGUGGCGCUCUCCCAAAUAUGACAAAGUGGAGUCUCGUGUCAAGGCCCAGCUGCAGGAGCCCAGCCCUGUCUCUGGGACAGAGCCUGCCCACUUCCUACGGGCGCAUUCCCGCUGCGGCCCUGGGCUCCCACCACCCCGUGUUCCCAGUCCCCAGCUAACCCCAUCAGGUCCCAAUGCUAAGGGACCAGGCCUGGGUGUGGACUUCAUUAGCCACAAUGCCCGCACUGCCAAGAGGGCCCCCCGGCGGCAUUCCCGCUCACUGCAGGUCCUGGCACAGGUGCUGGAGCAGCAAAGGCAAGCCCAGGAACACUACAAUGCCACACAGAAGGGCCAUGUGCCCCAUUACUUGUUGGAGCGCAAGGAUCUGUGGCGGCAGGAGGCAGAGGCCCGCCAGCAUAGCCAGCCGGACCCUGCCAUGCCCCCUGGCCACACUCGCAUGCCUGAGAACCAGCGGCUAGAAACACUGAACAAUCUACUCCAGAGCCAGCGCCAGCUGCUGCGUGAGCUGGUGUUGCUGCCUGCUGGUGCAGACUCACUGAGGGCUCAAGGCCACCGUGCUGAGCUGGACCGGAAGCUGGUGGAGGUAGAAGAGGCCAUCAAGAUCUUUUCCCGCCCCAAGGUCUUUGUGAAGAUGGAUGCCUGAGCCCUUUUAUGGGAACAGUGAUGGAGAUCCUCACUGAGGAUCGCCACAUGGUUGCAAAGAGGGUUGGGCCGCAUCACAGAGUGGAGUCCGAAGACAGGAGCAGUGGAGCGGGCAGUAUCCCCAGAGCACUCUUUCCAGACACUGGUGG